AUGAUAAAGUUAUGGAUGGUGACUUCUCUUGAACUCGCUGAGCUCUUCGUGAGCGCUAUGGUGCAUUUGCUUUACGCGUUUUAUAUAUUCAGCACCGCCGUGGCGGGAGAUAUUUCUAAGAACGUUAAUGAUUACUUUUUAAAGUCAAAUGUGGAUGUCAACGACGAUUAUCAAAGUCAAAGCAAUGUUGAAGGUCUGCCUCCUAUUGUAUUGGUUCAUGGGAUCUUUGGUUUUGGCAAAGGGAGAUUAGGAGGCUUGUCAUACUUUGCUGGUGCUGAGAAGAAAGAUGAGAGGGUUCUUGUUCCUGAUUUGGGAUCUUUAACAAGCAUUUAUGAUAGGGCAAGGGAGUUAUUCUAUUACUUAAAAGGAGGAAUAGUUGAUUUUGGAGAAGAGCAUAGUGAAGCUUGUGGACAUUCUCGUUUUGGAAGAGACUACAGAGAAGGGCAAUACCCUGAAUGGGAUGAGGAUCAUCCUAUUCAUUUUGUGGGGCAUUCAGCUGGUGCUCAAGUUAUACGCGUGUUGCAGCAAAUGCUUGCAGAUAAGGCAUUUGAAGGGUUUGAAGAAACUAAUGAGAAUUGGGUUCUUAGUGUGACAUCAUUGUCUGGAGCUUUCAAUGGUACCACCAGGACUUACUUAGAUGGCAUGAGGACAGAAGAUGGAAUAAGCAUGAAACCAAUAUCUCUGUUGCAGCUUUGUCGUAUAGGUGUGAUAAUGUAUGAUUGGUUGGACAUAUCAUGGCUAAAGACUUACUACAGUUUCGGGUUCGAUCACUUCAACAUCUCUUGGAAGAAAACCGGUUUUAGAGGUUUAGUUGAUUGCCUUGUCGGAAACACAGGUCCUUUUGCUACUGGUGAUUGGAUCUUGCCUGAUCUCACGAUACAAGGCUCCACAAGUCUCAACUCCAGUCUCCAGACAUUCCCAAACACUUACUACUUCAGCUACGCGACUAAACGCACACGCAGAACCAUGGGGAUGAAUAUCCCUUCAGGUGUUCUUGGCAUCCACCCUAUGCUCUUCCUCCGUGUCUUUCAGAUGAGCCAAUGGAGAUUCCCACAAGAUGUUUCUCCUCCCUAUAAAGGCUACAGGGAUGAGGAGUGGCAAGAGAACGAUGGGGCGAUGAACACAAUAUCAAUGACACAUCCGAGGCUACCAAUGGAGCAUCCAAGCCGGUUCAUAAGGAGCGACUCUGAGUGCCAAACGUUACAACCUGGAAUAUGGUAUUAUAAGAUAGUGGAAGCAGAUCACAUAACAUUCAUAGUGAAUAGAGAGAGAGCUGGAGUACAGUUUGAUCUAAUAUAUGACAGUAUCUUCCAACGUUGUAGGAAACAUGUUUUUAGAAAGAUUCCUCAGACUCUCCCUAAUCAAUCUCCUCGUGCUCCUCAUUCUCCUAGUUGA